GUCCGGACACCGGCGGCCAUGGGGACUCGCCGGUAACAGGAUACAUAACUGGGUUGCUCUUAAGAACUGAUGCCUAAAUCACCUCAGCAUGGCCUGUAGUGGAGGAGGUGGGCAUGGCCAGCCUUCCUCAGCUAUACUCUCCCCGGUUACCCCUGGAAGUCUUUCCACUUCUAGAACCCGUGCCCAUAGCAUAUGCAUGGUGUCUGACUUUUUCUACCCAAACAUGGGAGGCGUGGAGAGCCAUAUUUACCAGCUCUCUCAGUGCCUGAUUGAAAGAGGGCACAAGGUCAUAAUUGUCACCCAUGCUUACGGAAAUCGAAAAGGCAUCCGUUACCUCACUAAUGGCCUCAAAGUCUAUUACUUGCCUCUGAAAGUCAUGUACAACCAAUCUACAGCCACGACCCUCUUUCACAGUCUGCCAUUGCUCAGGUACAUAUUUGUUCGGGAGAGAGUCACCAUAAUCCAUUCCCAUAGUUCUUUUUCUGCCAUGGCCCAUGAUGCUCUCUUCCACGCCAAGACAAUGGGGCUCCAGACAGUCUUCACGGACCAUUCCCUUUUUGGAUUUGCUGAUGUCAGCUCGGUGCUUACAAACAAGCUUCUAACUAUAUCUCUUUGUGACACAAACCACAUCAUUUGUGUCUCUUAUACUAGUAAGGAAAAUACUGUACUAAGAGCAGCACUGAAUCCUGAAAUAGUGUCCGUCAUUCCUAAUGCAGUAGAUCCUACUGACUUCACUCCAGACCCAUUUAGGAGGCAUGAUAGUGUAAUAACUAUUGUUGUUGUCAGCAGACUUGUUUACAGAAAAGGAACCGAUUUGCUUAGUGGUAUAAUACCUGAACUCUGUCAGAAAUAUCCAGAUUUAAAUUUCAUAAUUGGAGGAGAGGGACCAAAGAGAAUCAUUUUGGAAGAAGUACGAGAAAGAUACCAGCUACAUGACAGGGUGCGUCUUUUGGGAGCAUUAGAACACAAGGAUGUUAGAAAUGUCUUAGUUCAAGGACAUAUUUUUCUUAAUACGUCCCUUACCGAAGCAUUCUGCAUGGCGAUCGUGGAAGCAGCAAGUUGUGGUUUACAGGUUGUAAGUACCAGGGUUGGUGGAAUUCCUGAGGUGCUUCCAGAAGAUCUUAUUAUUUUGUGUGAGCCUUCAGUAAAAUCUUUGUGCAAAGGGUUGGAGAAAGCUAUUUUACAACAGAAGUCGGGGGCAUUGCCACCUCCAGAAAAUAUCCAUAACAUAGUAAAGACUUUCUACACCUGGAGGAAUGUUGCAGAAAGAACUGAAAAAGUGUACGAACGGGUGGCGGGGGAAGCCGUGCUGCCGAUGGACAAGCGACUGGACAGGCUCAUCUCUCACUGUGGCCCAGUAACAGGCUAUAUUUUUGCUUUUUUAGCUGUGCUCGACUAUCUCCUCCUUGUUUUCCUGAGGUGGAUGACUCCAGAUUCUGUCAUUGAUGUUGCAAUGGAUGCCACGGGGCCAAGCGGUGCCUGGACUCAUCAAAAUCCUGACACUACACAAAGGGUUGAAAAUGAUGAGGUUUUAGACACACCCAGAUAGAAUAGAAAACCCAGGUUGUAAAGUUUUAAACAUUUGUAAUAAUUCUAUUAAGGUGAUUGAAAAUAACCUUGCUUUGUUUGUUUUUGAUUGUUAAUUUUAGCAAGUUAUGCUACCUCUAUAUCAUUCGAUAUUUUCUUUUGAGGAAAGAAAAACUUAUGCAAUUCCUGAGUGUAGAAACUCCUUGCACUUCCUUAAAAUGUAGAAGAGAACGUUUAAGCCACUCAGGUAUGAAAUUUUUCAGAUUACUGAAAUCCUUCUAGCAGAGAUGUUUUAACAUUAUAUUUUGAGAGCUUUGGGUGCUGAAGGGCCAAACGUUUCUGGGCAUUUUUUGGCCAGUUUUUAACGUUAAAGCAUUAAUUAGACACUCACCAGAUGUUUACAAGUUUUCUUUAGGGAAGUACAACAAUUACAUGUUCGUAUACAUUUAUUAGAUAUUUAAGUCAUGCUCUUAAAACAUUUAUUGGGUCCAUUCAGUAAGCGUUACAUCUAAUCAGCGGGUUUCUUAAGUAAGAUAGACUGUCAGUUACCAGCAUGUUUUGAGUACCUGCUUUUGUGUAGAAUGUUGAACUAGCUUCUUCCUGCUGUUCAGGACCCUGGUUGCAUUUGCUCUUUGCUCAUCUUUCAGAUGGCUUCUUUUGUUAUAGUCAUAGUUGACAUGAGAUGGUGAAAUGUCUAACAUGCCAGAACUGCUCAUAUUAGUUAAUGCCAGGAAAAGUCACUGGCAUACUCUAAGUAUUUCUUUGAUCGGUUAUGUGUGUUCUCCUCAGUAGAGCCUUCAUCUUCAGUUAUGUUUAUGAAGCUUUUGAUUUUUAAUUUCUAGGGACCGAUAUCACUGUUGAUAGUGCAGAGAAGCCCUCCACAUUUUCAGUGCAUAAUUUCUUCUGUAAAUGGCCUUUGUGUUUUCUGAGCAGAAUGUAUGAGGUGUGCCAUCUCACAACCAGCUGCUACCCUGUCCUUUUGAUAUAAGUCGUUUCCUUCACUGUGGCCUAGCUGAUGUCUGAUAAGUAUUGUCAAUGUGCAAAAAGGCUUUACUUAAGAAUGUUUUAUUUAUAGCAAACCAACUCUGAAAAUCUUAGGACACAGUCUUUUUGUGAGUGGAUGUUGUUAACUAUAAUUGUUGUUGCCCAGAGCCAUGGGUUUUUAAACCCCAAAUUAUCCACAUGGUGUGUAUUAUUAAUUCUUUGAACUCUUUAGAAUAAGCUUUUGUGAAAAAAGGACUGUGAAUCAAAACAAUGAGGCACUUGUGGGUGCACUAGAUAGAUUCUGUCAGUAUUGUGAUUCUGUACAGGAUUUUUAAAAUGACAACAUUCACAAAACUUCUUACUUUUUAAGAGUAUCUUAAUAUGCCUAUUAUCUGGUUGCCACUGGUAUAAAAGAAAUAUAUUUGUGUUUUGUUUGUACUAAAACACAAAUGCAAGAGUGCAAUUUUUAAAAUCUAGAAGCUAGGGAUUCUUUUGUUGGAGAAAAAUGGACUGAUCCAAACUAUUUAGCCCUACUAGGAUUUUUAUGCAUUGAAACUGACAUAAAUAUGAAAUAAACAGUGCAAUAUUCAUGGUAAAGUGAGAAAUGGUUAACAUUUGGUUUUAUUUAUUCUACUCAGCAAUUUUAAAAGGUACACUACUAUUUUUUCCUUUUGCUUCUUAAUUUAUUUUUCAAAUUUGUCAUUGAAUUCUUCAGUUGUUAUUUAUUUAAAGUGAAAAUAGCAUUUAAAAUUGUUUUUGCAUGUAAGAUGUGUACUUUACAAGUGAGAAAUUAUUUUCCUUUUUUUGGUUUUCAAACAAAUGGAAGUAAGUUUAUUUGUCUUACAUAAAUCUUAAUUUUCAGACUUCCUGGAUACCUUAGUUGUAACUGUCAGUGUUGCACUGGUCAGUAUGUGGAAACACAUUGUUCUACCCCAUUACUUAAUGUUUAUUUAAAAGUGAAAUUACAUUGAUGAGGAAUUUAUUAAAAAUAUAUUGUAUUUCUUUUGAUAUUACAGAUGGUUGCACAUGUAAAAUUGGUUUGUUAAAACAUGCUACAUGCCCAAAAAUAAAGAUGAGAAUGACAU